GGGGCCCCCUCCCCCAGAGCAUCCCGGGUGGCCACCGGGGACCUCUGCCGAGCCGUGCCUUCGGGCUGCUCCGUGUGUUCCCUCCACCCCGCUUCAUCCCUUCAAGGAAAGUUGCUAGGACGCAGGGAGCUUGGGGGAUUCCAGAUUUCUUUAUGCCUUUUCGGUUUGGGUAGGUGGAGGAAUUGACAUCCACUGGAAGAAUCUGCAACCCUCUCUCUGCCCAGAGCUCCAGGACCAAUGUGUCUUCCCACCGCUUUAAACCACUGGGUUAUUCUGUGUAGCCUUGACUGUCCUAGAACUCACUUUGUAGACCAGGCUGGCCUAAAACGCAGAGAUCCUGAGUGCCGGGAGUAAAGAGCCAUCCGCAGCUGCCGCUUUAGACGACUUGCCCCACUGCCAGCAUGAGCUCUGAAUAUGAUGCCGGAAGCUCUAAAGCUGUUGUGAAUGGCUUGGCACCCGGCAGCCAUGGGCAAGACAAAGCCACUGCCGACCCUUUACGUGUUCGUUCUAUUUCUGCUGUUAAAAUAAUUCCCGUGAAGACAGUGAAAAGCCCUUCAGGCCUGGUACUCCCUCCAGACAUGGACCCUACAAAAAUCUGCACUGGAAAAGGAACAGUGACUCUUCGGGCCUCGCCUUCCUACAGGGAAACCCCAAGCAGCAGCCCUGUGAGCCCUCAGGACUCUCCGAAGCAUGAGAGCAAGUCAGGCCUGGAGCAAGAGGACCCUUCAGCAGAGGAGUGGAGACUUUCGUCCAGUGCUGAUGCCAAUGGCAACGCCCAGCCCUCCCCACUUGCUGCCAAGGGCUAUAGAAGCGUGCAUCCCAGCCUUUCCACUGACAAGCCCCAGGUUCUAUCUCACCCACGCCUUCCGUUCCCUCAAAAGGACCGCUCUGCAUGGCAGCUCCCCACCGUCCACCGCACCCACAAAGACUCCCUCUACAUGAGCUCACCAAAGCCUUACAUCCCGCCCAGCACCCCCAUCCAGCAGGACCCCUCACUGCCUCAGCCCAUCUCUGUUCCCUUGGCAGCUAGAUUGGCUCCCAAAAGGGCAGCGUGUCCUGGUUCAUUGCUUUUGGGGUCCAUGGUCCUUGAUGCUUCCUCCCAGCCCCAGCCACACUAUGUAGGCUCCAGAUUAGUGUAUAGUAAGAAUGUGAGCUCUAACCCACAUCAUGAGGCCACAGGGAAUAAAAAGGUCAGCAGCUUAUAUGUCCCGUCUUUAUCCAAUAACAUUUGCCGGGCAACAUUGGAAACCUACCCUCCUGCUGCACGUGACUCAGCCAAAGACACUCCCUCGGAGGCUGCAGGCACCCAGGCACCAGCGCCCAGCCUUGUCCCUGGCACAGCCACAUCCAGCACAGGAAAACCACCCCCUGCUCCUCCUCCUGACCCUCCCAAGCUAUUCUUUGACCACCGCAAAGAUGCUGGUAACCGUGGUGAGAAUCCCACACUGGGGACAUGGGCUUUGUUCCCAGAUGCAGUGAGACCUCCCGUGCUAGGCCCCCAGGUUACCUCUGAUCUCGAAAGCCAGAAGAACAAAGAAACUUACCUUUUGCAGCCGUGUUAUCCAGCCAAGGAUGCCACCUCCUCCAGCCAAGCCUCGUCUGAGAGGCGGCCCCACCACAGCCAGCCAGCCAGUGCUUGUGGCUCCCUCCCCCCUGCUAGCCAGAGGCCACCACCCUCACCACCACCUCCGCUGGUCCCUCCCAUACUGGAGGACCUCCACAGAGGCUUGGAGCCUGACCUCCCGGGAGCUGUCACAAGUACCGGCAGUCCUUUAUUAAAUGAAGUUUCUUCUUCCCAUAUUGAAACUAAUUCCCAAGCCUUCCUUCCAACAAGCAAAACGUCAUCUGCCUACCCCUCCACCACAAUCGUCAACCCCACCAUUGUGCUCUUGCAGCACAACCGAGAACAGCAAAAACGACUCAGUAGUCUUUCAGAUCCUGCCUCAGAGAGAAGAGUGGGUGAGCAGGACUCAGUGCCAACCCCAGAAGAACUCACCUCGCCCAGCAGGGCCACCGAAAGGAGAGCAAAAGAUGACAGCAGCAGGCGGGUGGUGAAGAGUACACAGGACCUAAGCAAUGUGUCCAUGGAUGAAGUGGGCAUCCCACUCCGGAACACCGAGAGAUCAAAAGACUGGUACAAAACCAUGUUUAAACAGAUCCACAAGCUGAACAGAGACACUCCUGAAGAAAACCCUUAUUUCCCUACCUACAAAUUCCCUGAACUUCCUGAAAUCCUGCAAAAUUCUGAAGAGGACAACCCUUACACUCCUACCUACCAGUUUCCUGCAUCUACUCCUAGUCCUAAAUCUGAAGAUGAUGAUUCUGAUCUGCACUCUCCUCGAUAUUCCUUUUCUGAAGACACAAAGUCUCCCCUUUCUGUGCCUCGCUCAAAAAGUGAGAUGAACUACAUUGACGGGGAGAAAGUCGUGAAGAGGUCGGCCACACUACCCCUCCCAACCCGCUCGUCUUCACUGAAGUCCAGCCCGGAGAGAAACGACUGGGAGCCCCCAGAUAAGAAAGUGGACACAAGAAAAUACCGAGCAGAGCCCAAAAGCAUUUACGAGUAUCAGCCGGGCAAGUCUUCUGUUCUGACCAAUGAGAAGAUGAGUCGGGAUAUAAGCCCAGAAGAGAUAGAUUUAAAGAAUGAACCUUGGUAUAAAUUCUUUUCGGAAUUGGAGUUUGGGAAACCGCCUCCUAAAAAGAUAUGGGACUAUACUCCUGGAGACUGCUCUAUCCUUCCUAGAGAGGAUAGAAAGACUAAUCUAGAAAAAGAUCUCGGCUUCAGCCAAGCAGAGUUAGAGGCAGAUUUAGAAAAAGUGGAGACGGUUAAUAAGUCACCCAGUGCAAACUCGCCACAGAGCUCAGCAGUCAGCCCGACUCCAGACGUUACCUCAGAGCCUCCUGGAUAUAUAUAUUCUUCCAACUUCCAUGCAGUGAAGAGAGAACCAGAUGGGACCCCCGGGGUUCUCGCUAGCUUGGAGAAUGAAAGGCAGAUUUAUAAAAGUGUCUUGGAAGGUGGCGACAUCCCUCUUCAGGGCCUGAGCGGGCUCAAGCGACCCUCCAGCUCAGCUUCCACUAAAGAUUCAGAGUCACCAAGACAUUUUAUACCAGCUGAUUACUUGGAGUCCGCGGAAGAAUUUAUCCGGAGACGGCAUGAUGAUAAAGAGAAACUUUUAGCGGACCAGAGACGACUUAAGCGUGAGCAAGAAGAGGCCGAUAUUGCAGCUCGACGCCACACGGGUGUCAUCCCGACGCAUCAUCAGUUUAUCACUAAUGAGCGCUUUGGGGACCUCCUCAAUAUAGAUGAUACUGCAAAAAGGAAAUCUGGGUUAGAGAUGAGACCUGCCCGAGCCAAGUUUGACUUUAAAGCACAGACACUGAAGGAGCUGCCUCUGCAGAAGGGAGACAUUGUUUACAUCUACAAACAGAUUGAUCAGAACUGGUACGAAGGUGAACACCACGGACGGGUGGGAAUCUUCCCACGCACCUACAUUGAGCUUCUUCCUCCAGCUGAGAAGGCUCAGCCCAAGAAGUUGGCGCCUGUGCAGGUUUUGGAAUAUGGAGAAGCCAUUGCUAAGUUUAAUUUUAAUGGUGAUACACAAGUAGAAAUGUCCUUCCGAAAGGGUGAGAGGAUUACAUUGCUCCGACAGGUAGAUGAGAACUGGUACGAAGGGAGGAUUCCUGGGACGUCCCGCCAAGGCAUCUUCCCCAUCACCUAUGUGGAUGUGCUUAAGAGGCCAUUGGUGAAAAACCCGGUGGAUUACAUCGACCUGCCUUAUUCUUCCUCCCCAAGUCGCAGUACCACUGCGAGCCCGCAGUGGACUAGUCACAGCAAGCUCAUCACGCCAGCCCCUUCAUCACUGCCCCACUCCCGCCGAGCCCUGUCCCCAGAGAUGCACGCCAUCACCUCUGAGUGGAUCUCGUUGACUGUUGGGGUCCCGGGCAGGCGUUCUCUGGCCAUGACACCACCCUUGCCUCCUCUGCCUGAGGCUUCUGUGUAUGGCACGGACCACUUGGCCUUGUCAGCAAGGGCCCACCCCUCCUUGCCACUCAGCCUCCCCUAUUCAAGUCUGUCAGAUCACUCCACAUUGCGCUCAGUGGUUUCCCCACUGGCUCUGCCUCCACCCCACAGAGCCUCCUCCCUGGCACCCAGUACCCAGGUUCCUCUUCACGUCAAUGGAGAUGGUGGUAUUCACACCCACCAAGAUGGCUUCUCUCAGCCACCGCUUGGAAACUCUGAUAGGGUCAUCUCAGAGCUUAGUGAUGCCUUUAGCAGCCAGAGCAAGAGACAGCCCUGGCGAGAAGAUGGACCUUAUGAGAGGAAAGCAGAGAGCGAGGCAGGUGAGAGAUGCCCUGGUGGACCCAAGAUCUCUAAGAAGAGCUGCUUGAAACCUUCAGACGUGGUCAGGUGCCUGAGUUCUGAGCAGAGACUCUCAGAGUUCCACACUCCUGGUGACAGCCAGUCCUUCAAGCCUCUGGGUAGCCCUAUCCCAGCAUGGGAAGCUGGGCCACCAGAGCUUCACAGAGGUGUCGAGGCUGACAGGAAGGCUGCUCAGAGUGGUGUAAGCCAGCCUUCUCAUCAUUCAUUGAGCGCAGGACCUGAUCUCACAGAAUCUGAAAAGAACUAUGUGGAAGCGGUUUGCAAUGAGAUCAUAAACAUUGCCGAGAAAUCUGUCCAUUACUGCAGCACUGUCUCUCACCCCCUUGACUUCCGUCACAAGGUCCCCCCCUCUGACAGUAAAUCAUCUUUAAUCGUUUCUCAGCAACCUCAAGCCCAGCAGCGGAGAGUCACCCCAGACAGGAGUCAGCCCUCACAGGAUUUCUACCAAGCACUUUAUAGCUAUGUGCCGCAGAACGAUGAUGAGUUGGAGCUCCGAGAUGGAGAUAUUGUUGACGUCAUGGAAAAAUGCGACGACGGAUGGUUUGUUGGCACUUCAAGAAGGACGAGGCAGUUUGGUACUUUUCCGGGCAACUAUGUAAAACCUUUAUAUCUGUAAGAAGACUGAAAAAUCACAGAGAUUAUUUUUCUCGGAGGAUGAAGCAUCAUUCAUGAACUGGUCUCUUUAUUUAAAUAUUGAGUCAGUAGGAAAUUUACUGCAGUUGGUAAAGAAUUCAAGGAGAGGAACAAAGAACUGUGUUAAAACCCGCUGUGUAUCAGGGCUUGACUGUAUGUUGAGGAAACUGGUAUUUACGUGGCUGCUUCUGGGAGCUGCUCCAGCCCCCACUGUUCGGGUAAUCCGAUCUGGAGUUGUGUCCAUGGGCAGCGUUAGCCAAAACUGUGCUCAGUCUUUACCCACUCCCAUUUCCAAGGGGCCCCCUGGGGCAGAUAGCUCAAUUCCUUAGCCAUGUCCCACAGGCCCAGCCUGAACAUCACCAACCAUCCCGCCUCUAUCCCUGGCUGUUCCAGAGCUAGUAGAGCCCCAGUGCUGCUGGAAGCCAAUCUGGGUUGCUGAGGUUCUCCUUCAGCACCAUGACUUGAUGAGGUCUAGGUAAAGAAAUGGAGGCAGACCUGGUGCCCUGGCAUUCAGUCAGCUGGGUGACAUUGCUCUGGACUGCUCUGAUAUUCAGACAGAAAGCAUGCCAUAUUUGUCCUGAGCUUGGGAGCAGGUGGCCAGACAGAUGGGUUACAUUUGUGUUUCCACGUGACUGAGGCAGUUACCUUGGGGCUUUGGAGGUCACUUGGAGUAUACUCCUUUCCUGGUCACCAUCAGUGGCUGGGCAGGGUGGGAUGUGCCUUUCUUCUCUGGCUUAGUAUGAGCUCGAUACCCCUGAGCCCACAGAAUACAGACUGAGCUCUAGUUUUCUUAGCAUGUGUAGGUGCAAGAUGGCUGCUGGGCCACCAUGGUAAGGCACCCUCAGACCUGGGAGGGAUCCCAGUAUUGCCCAUGGAGGGGUUCAAAGGCCGCUUGGAAUGCUGUCUCUCCCAACCCUUGUCCCCCUCCUCCACAACACCCCAGGCCAGGGAGUUCUGAUGCACAUGGGUAAAUGUCCAUUCAGAGCCGAGGAGUCAUACACUGUCUGGGUAUGAAGCUGCAGUUCCGCUCCUUCUGAUGGCCACCAGGAGUCUGUCCUCUGUGGGUCCUGGCCGUGAAGAGGGGACCCCUUUGACACCUGGGUGCUGUCACCACACUAAUUGUUAGAUCCCUAAUUGACACAAAGCUAGGUAUGGCCUGUUCCCAGAGCUCUACUUGCCAGGGGUUCAGCUGAGCGGACGACAUAGGAAAAGGAGCCCAAUCUAGAGAGACUGUGCUACGUGCAGAGGGUGUGAGAAGGGAUGAGUUUCUCCUGGGGUGGGUACCCUAGAAAACAUUGCCAGGUUUGCAUCUCCCUCAGCUCACUGAGGAUGCUGGGAGAACCUUUGUCUGAGGGUAUUUAUGUCUGGGAAUACUUGGAAUUUCCCCCCAGACUCUCAGCUUCGUAUUCUACCCACAAAUACAUGGACAAGGUCACAGAUAGCAGGAAUUGUAGGUGAUAGGGGUAUAUGCUGGAACCCCUGGCUCUCUGCAUGUAGUUGAGAAUCAUGCUAACCACUGUCCCAAAGUCCGGAGUCUUUACAAGUCAGAAACAUUUGUUUUCAGUGGCUGCCUCUACAGCUGCCCCAGAUAGCCUAGAAUCUCACUCGCUCCCCCCUCCCACCCAUCAGCCACAGUUCUCCAAAGAGGCUCUCAGGAAAGACACUGCCACUGAUUGAUUCACACUGAAAUAUAGGAUAGGAGGAAUGUGUUGCCUCCUUCAGGGGGCGUUGUUUUCACUGACAGAGCAGAGCUUUUAAUCCCAAGGGAGAAGGGUGUGGAACUGAGAGGGUAGAAGCUUCCUGGGCACAAAAGCCCUGGUGACUCUAUGACCUUUUGCUUUGGAAGCUUUGCUUCACUGGCCGGUAGCACUGCUUUCUUUUUUUCCUUUGCCCCUCUCAAGGGAAUAUAGCAAAAAAAAAAUGUAAUAAUAAUAAAAUAAAAUAAAUAAAUGUAUAUGUGCAUUUUUUAACCCAUUUGGAAUGUAGUCCUUGCUCACUCCUAGAUGCCAAUCAUGAAUAGUGCAAUUGUAUCUAAAUUUCCUGAGGGGUGCUUUUUGGUUAAGUAGGUAACUUCAAACACCUCCUUAAAUACAGCUAGAAAAAAAAAAACCAUUUUGUAAAAGCCACAUAUGCACCCAAUGCCAGCGUCACACAGAUGAUCUCCCGAAAUCCAGGUAUGCCCACCUUUAAUAAAAAUCGUUCCAGCUUCCUAUGAAUGAAAAAAAUGAAAAGAGCGAAGGUUUCCAAUUAAUACUUUGUCUUCAGACAUUUAGUAAUAUAAAGUACCUAUUUUUAUGCUGAAAUGUUUAUACAGGUUUACUAACAGCAAGCGCAGCUAACUGGCGGCAUGCCUCACAACACGGUUUUGAUAUAUUAGCCAUGCUUCCAGGUAAAUGCACGCCCUAAAUUAUUCACCUUUUGCAGUCUCUCUGGGAUCAGUAAAAGAAAAAACAUCAUGUUUGAGAAGUGGGACUGUAAAUAUGUAAUGUAUAUUUAACUUUGUGUAGCCCAUGUACCUACCUUGUAUAGAAAAUAAUUUUUAAAACUUGAGCAGAAAUGGAGUAAAAUAAGGAAGUCUUGAAGGGUUGUUUUUUUCCCACUUUUAUUUAAAUGAAGGAAUUUCAAAUAAUUCACCUGCAGACUUUUAGCACAAAAAUAGUUGUUGGAAAUUAUUAACAUAUAAAAUUGUUCUUUGGGGAAAAGACGACAACUAUAAUAUCAUUUACAGUUUUCAUUUUGCAGUUCUGUUCAUCUGCAGUAGUAUUAAAUCCUAUUGCUGGAAAAGGUUACUUCCAAGAAAGAAGAUUAUAUUCAGAAAAAAAUAACUGACAUAUGUAGCCUACUAAGGUAUUGCAUCUAAAUUCCACACCAAGCGCAUGUACUAUGCAGACACAGAUUUUUCUGUUCAUUUAUUUUUCUUUAUUGCAGUGGAUUGAUUUGAUAGACAUGUUGAAUUACUACUUUGCUGUACAUAUUAUUUAAUAAACUUUAUUCAGAAUUA